AUGACUGGCGGAAAAUCUGGCGGCAAGGCCUCUGGCACCAAGACUUCUCAGUCUCGCUCUUCCAAGGCUGGUCUCGCGUUCCCAGUCGGUCGUGUCCACCGUCUCCUCCGCAAGGGCAACUACGCUCAGCGUGUCGGUGCUGUUGCCCCUGUCUAUCUUGCCGCUGUGCUGGAGUAUCUCGCCGCUGAAGUGCUCGAGUUGGCUGGCAACGCUGCCCGCGACAACAAGAAGACCCGUAUCAUCCCUCGCCAUCUCGAGCUGGCCAUCCGCAACGACGAGGAACUCAACAAGCUGCUCGGUCACGUCAUCAUCGCCCAGGGCGGUGUCAUGCCCUACAUCCACCCAACCUGCUCCCCAAGAACACCCCAAGGCCGGCACAAGUCGUCCCAGGAGUUGUAG